AGCCGCCAUGUUGAAAAGUUGAACAUGGGGAAAAGAAAGGAAAUAAGCGAAGACGAUACAAGAGGUUAGUUUACAUAAAAACGUCGCUUUUUUCUUUCUUUAAACCGCGUGAUAUAAAGAUCAACUACCUGAUUUUUGUUACACGUGGUAGUUAACUUAUUUAACGCGGUGUGCUCCUACUUUUAAGUGAGGUUUUUUGGAUUGAUUAAGGCUUGAAUAUUAGCUCAAUACCGAUACUUCAUAGCAUUCUAACUCCAUACCUGGAUUUUGUUUCAAGAAAGGACUGUAAGCACCUUCUUGUUUUAAAACUUAUUCACCGAGAACUACCGAUUUCGUCGAUUUCCUUACAAUGGUAUCAUGUGUUCCAAAAAGAUGUUGGUUGUCACACAAUCUGAACUAUUUUAUAGAUCGUUUUCACUGUCACGCAGCAAAAAAAUAUAUUGGAAACCGUCCAGUAGAAGAAGCCAAGAAAAUGAAAUGUUAUAAAAGACUAAUACAUAAACAAUUUGUUUAAGUCUCAGGUCUUUGUGGCCCACAGUUUCUGAGUUAUUUGCCGAAAUGUUUCACGCACCUUUGUAGAGCUUUGUAUGCAGAUGCCAUAUUGGUGUACCAUUUUGGUCCACCAAUAUGGCUGCCGGAAAUCAACAAAACAUCUGGAGUUCACUUUUUCUAUAAAAGCUCUUUCUUGUGACUCAACAACUAGCAUACGUGCGCGUAAACAUAUCUUCUAAUACUUGAAAUGGUUAUAUUGCUGAGAAUCAAGAGGAGAGACCCUUUUUCAACAAGACAGCAUUCCUAUUUUGGUGUUAGCACUGUGAAAACUUGGAAGUUCAAAUUGCUGUAUUUUUGAAAUGAAACAUGCUACGGGAAUGGAAACUUAUACAAAUAUUUACUUUUUGUUUAUCUUCAACCUAGAGUUAAUAAGAAUUUGUAAAACCAUGCUAUUUUGACUUUACAAUUUGAUGAUGUCAUUGUGAAAACCAUCUAUUCUGGUGCAAGUUUGGAUUAAGAAAAGAAUCUAUUAUUUUGUUUUUAAACUAUCAAGCUGAACUUGCACUUGUGUUCUACAUAGGUAACUUUUUAUUUUGCUUUGGAUAUGAUAUAUAGCUCACAACGUACUCUAAUGUACAUGUCACUGGCUUCCCCAAAGGUAGGACCCGAGGCCCACCAGCAGGAUAGUAAUAGGGCAGAGCAGAGUUGAAAAUUUCUCCUAAUAGGAAUUUAAUAGGACAAAGUCCCAUGGCUCAACUGCACCUCAAUCAAAAAUUAUCCCCUUGAUUUCUUCCUUAUAUAACUGAGAUUCAUCUGAUUGAGGGGACGUUUUAUAAAAUACUGUUUAGCUGCCGCAAUCUGUCGCAUACAACUGUUAACAAAGACUGCAAAUUUUUUAAUAUCCCCCUCCCCCCCCUCUUACAAAAACACGUUUUCUAGCUGUGGGGUUUAAGAAAUGGACAAUGUUUGGGUUUGACACAUACUGUUCUGUAAGUUGUGAACUAUUAUACAGGGCUAUCACUAAGAUUUCAAGUUGCUACAAUCUUGGACAAAACUGUUGAGAAAAUUGCAUAUUUGGGGGCAUUUUUUCUGAACUUCGUAGCCGACCGAUUCUUCCCUUCCCCCCUCCCCCUGGAAGCAAUGUUGUUGGGUCUUCUAAAGAAAGCUGGAUCCCUAAGCAUUUCUAGGAAGCAACUUUGAAUUGGGGGAGGGGGUAUUCUUUACGCAAAGCCGUUGAUUUGGAAACAGUUUUGUUGCGUUAGGUAGUGUGCAUUAAUGAAAACAUUUUCUCAAGUAGUUUUGUCCAGGAUUGUAGCUGUAUAUGUUUUACAGGUCAAAUUUGAUUUCAGGUUAAUUUUUGUUAAACCUAGGUUGAUUCUCAAUUUCUAAUGUCUCUUAGCCCUAGAAGACAAAAGAAAUUAAGAAUCAACAUAGGUUAAAAAAAAGGCUUACCCACCCUAAUUCAUUUUCAUUUUCAUUUUCUUUACUUUAUUUAUUUUGAAACUGUAUUCUCCGUAUUUUCUUCUCUUCCCACUCUGAUGCGGGCACUUACUUUCAAAUUGAAACUACAACUGUACUAGGACCAAAAAGUAUUACAAAGGGCCUUUUUAUGUUUAUUAAUUUUGAUAGAAUCAUCGUCAACUUCACCUAAAAAGAAACAUAAGCGCAAGCACAAAAAGCACAAGAAGAAGAAGGAUCAUGGCCCUGAGGGAUAUGAUGAAGAGCGCAAAAAGGAGAAGAGCAAGGAUAAAAACAAAUCUCGGGAAAAAGAAAAGGAUGUUGACAAAAGUGGUGGAAGAGCUGUAAAACUUAAAAUCAAGCUUAGGGGUGAAACUGUGGCAACAACACAGUGAGUUACCUUUCUUUUUUCUGUGUUUUCUUUUUAAAACUUGUUUUUCACAUUUAAUUCCUCAUUUAUCACACUGUUAUAAACUAAAGAUAGUAGUAGCUAUGACUCUGUAUUAUAUUUUCAAGGAUUAAUAAUCUUAGCAAUGAAAAAUAUCUUCAGGAUUAAUAAUGUCAGCAAAAAAAAGAAGAAGAGAUGAAGGAUAUCUUCUUGUUGUUUCCAAUUGAUCGAAAUCGAUGAUCAGAAAACCAAUUAAUCAAUUGAUAUCAAUGGAUAAAAUGAGUUAAUUAGUAUCAAUUGGUAUCUGUCGGUAUCGGUCAAUCGAUGAUCAAUCAAUAACCACACAAAAACAGUUCAUCGAUUGGCACAAUUCCAACCCAGUCUUCUCAAUGCAAAGAAUAUACCCCAUUGCUUGUGUACUUGAAUUACCCACUUGCCCCAGUAUUUCCAAUCAAUGGAAAUCGAUGAUUGGAAAACCAAUCAAUACCAAUAAUGAUAACCACACAAAUCUUCGCAAUCGAUAUCAUCAUUAUCAAUAUCAAUCGAUUGAUUGAUAUCGAUUGGUAUUGAUUGAUAUAGAUUGUCAUCGAUUGGAAACGCCAGGAUAUCUUACAUCACUUUUAACAAAAUCAUAUUUGAUGAUAAAAGAGGUUGGUGUUGCAAGCACUAUAUGUGAUGCUCAUCAAUGAUCUAUCCCAGUUGAGUAAAAACAUUUAUUUUGUUAAGUUUUUGCCCCUAGUUGUGUUUGGAGUGUGUUGUAUAUUUUAAAGCAACAAGGCAAAUAAGACAUUAUACUUAGAUUUACUGUGGUUAAAGUUGUACUCUUACAAGUCAGUUAGGUUAUACUCCAUCUUGCCACGUUGUACGCAGUAAGUUAUGGGUAGUGGUGAUGUAAGGGAAGUUAUUCUCGUUUUCAGAAUGGCAAAGAUAGUCCAUGUAAAAAUACCAGAACCAGUGAUAACCAGUGGAGAGGAAGAAGAGCCUGAGGAGGAAAAUUACCAGCCAUCUUGGCAAGGUUAGUUCAGAUCUACCAGCUGAUCACGAGGUUUUUUUUUAUCACUGAUUGUUAGCAAAGUGGUUACUGGCAUUUCUCUUGAAAACAGACCUCUUCAGCGGUGGAUCAAGGAUUGUAUGAAGUGCAUUAGAACCAAAAUUGCUGUGACACAAUAAUCAAGAAUUUACACUUGUAAAAGUAGAAGUUCCUUUGUACUCGAAAAGAUUGUCUUGAUGAUAACCAUUAAUUUCUUGUUAAUUAUUUCGUUAGGAAGUGAAAAAGAUGAACCUGAAGUUACUGAAAAACCUGCUGAUGAUUCUGAUGAGUAAGUUAUAUUUUUUGAAAUAAUAUCAACUGUUGACAUUAUAUGAGUGGAAAAAUGUGUUUUACAACUCAUGUGGGUAGACAAGUUGUGUCCACUCAACUGAGUUGUUGGAAAGUGGAAAGUACAUCUCAUUACUUCACUCAUACAACCUGGUGGCCAUCGCAGUGACCCUUGCUUAAGCUAACUUGCUCUAAAUUUCAUGUCUCUUUUAUGAAAUGCAGUUGUCCAGUUGUAUGACUCGUACAACCUGACAACCAUUGCCAUGACCCUUGCAUAAGCUACCUUUCUCUAAAUUUCAUGUCCCCUCAAUGAGACGGAUUUGUCCACAUGACAACUCCAUCUGUCGAGUGGACACAACUUGUCCCCUCAUAUGAGUUGUAAAACAUUAUUUCUCCCCUGGUAUCACAGGGCUCAAAAUUAAAAAAAUCCUCAGAUCACCGGUUGGCGACCAAAUGGAGAAAUAUAGUCGCCAGAUAUAAAUUUUAGUCACUAGUAUGUAUAAUGUAAAUAACACAACUCAUAGUAUGGCACGAUUCAUCAGAUUUGAUUGUUUGAAAAUAUUGCGACAGAAGUCAGUAUAUGCUUGUUUUAACUUUACCCUUUUAAUUUAAAAUGAUCUAAAUCAUAGAGAAAUCUGGUCACCAAAACCAGAUUUCAUAGAGAAAAUGUUAGUCUCACUGGCGACCAUAUCAGUCGUAAUUUUGAGCCUUGUAUCUUAUCCACAGUAUUGGACGACCCCCACAAAUUCAGGACUGACUGAAGAUGUGUUUGGAAAAAAGGUCCCAGUGACAUCUGAUAAAUUGUUCAAUUCUCCUUUUCAAUUACCAUCUGUUCGCUCGUAAAUAAAAAAGGCAGAAGUGAGUGUUUUUUCGUGGCACCGCUUUGAGUUUAAAGUUGAGCAAAAUCUAAUUGGUGUUGAUUUUGGCGAUAAUAAUAAUUGUUAAUUUUGCAGCCAGGAAGAGCAGAAAUGGUUAGAUGCAUUGGAAAAAGGUGAGCUAGACGACUUUGGUCGAGUAAAACAGGACAAGGAUGUGAGCAUGAUGACUGCCAGACAGGUAUUAUUUUUUAAAAUUCUUAACCAUUCUUCUUUUUCUAAUAUAUAUUUUUUAUUAAAUAACCAUAAAACCAGGUGGAGAUAAAGAAGCACCUUUUUGCUCAGUCAUUUUCAAGCAUGCCCCUGCAAGUCCUAUGCACUGCAAUACAUUUGUGAAAAAUAUUGUUACUCUCUCCUAAGACUUAUGCAAAUUCCUCAUGCAAAGCUUUUUGAAACAUUAAUUUUAUUAAAAUGGUUCCAUUCAUUAUCUUUUCAACACUUCACCUUUUGAUGUUAAUGCUCGACUUACUAACAUGACUGUAUGUUUCUGUUAUUUCACUUGGUAUGAUUUUGUUUACAAGUAUGCUUUUUGUUUAUGAUAAUGGUUGUAUUUUCAGAGAGCCAUGCUGGGGCAUGAAAUCGAGGGAGAGAAUCAACUCUUGGAAUUGCCGACAGGUAGUUAUACAUAAUAACUAUCAUCGUCUUUUUAAAUUUUUUUUUACAGUUGCUAAUGAUAAUAAUAAUAAUAAUAAUAACAAUAAUAAUAAUAAUAUUAUUAUUACUAUUAUUAUUAUUAUUAUUAUUAUUAUUAUUGUCAUUAUUAUUAAAGUGUCUCUCUCCAUUGUAUGGUCUGUGAUACUAUACUUGAGAGGCUCAAGAUCCAGAAGGCGACAGCUAGACUUUGUUGACUCAGUUUUACAGAUCGAAAACAUUAGAGCCUGCCUGAAUUAAUUUUUUUUUAGGAAUAUGAGGUUUUAAUCUUUUUAACUUGUUUCUUUUUAGUAUCAGAGACAGAUAAUUUUCUUUUGUCAUGACCUAAUUUAAAACAUGGGACUGUCUGCAAGAGUCAUUGAUUGCAUCUGAGCCUCAAGGAAUCGUUAUUGACACAGUGAUUGUUGUUUUAAUGAUUUAUAUGAUUCUUAAUGUUGUACAGUGCUUAAUUCUUACUUCAAAUAUUUCUGUAAGUUAUAUACAUAUUUUUAAUUUUUAUUGUUAUUAUUAAAAAUAUAUAUUAUAUAGUAUAGGUCACCUUGUGUACAGUGUGUAAUAAUAAUUGUGCCUUCUGCUAUAUGAUUCACAGAACCAAGAAGGAAGAAUGAAGACACAGAAGAGGCCCAAAAGAGGAGAAAGCAAAGAGCAAAGAAGAGAAAACAACAAAUGCAGAAAAAGAUCGAGGAAAACAAGGUAUAUUUUUUAACAUUCAAGUAUCUAUGACAUCUUUUUAGCAUUCACUAAAGUUACUGUAUAUCUUAGUGUUUGCAUCACAAUUUAAACUUUUUUAAAAAUAAUAAAAAAUUAAAAUAAACAAAAAAAUGUAUGGUUUCUUUGCAGGCGCAAACAGUCAAGAAACUGCUGGAUCGAGAAGCUUCUAGGUCCCGUAAAGAAGAGGAGAAGGUAAUACCAACCUGCAAUGAGCAGGGACAGAAGCAUAUAACCCCGAAGUGUAUAACUCUGUCGCAAAGCUCGGGUUGUUUAGGGAACCAAUCAAAAUUUACUUCGUAAGAUGGAAUUACUGAUAAGUGAGAUUGUCGCGCAAAACUUGUAUCGCGAUGUAAAUGAUGUGGUGCAAAAAGCAUUUACUGUUUUAAUACGAAGUAAUAUUUUACGAAAAACGGAAUACAGUAUUAAUCCCCAAAUGACCAGGACUGAGUUAGUUCCUCCUAACAAGACAAAGUUGACUACAAAUGACAUGCACCGUCAAGCCAGCUUUUUUACUCAACUGUACCUUAAAAAUUCCCUCACAUCUUUCUUUUCCAGAGAGGUUUGGGCCAGUGAUAAGCUCAUUUUCAGCCAGGGAAGUUCACUGGUACUUGUCUGUCAGCUACAGCCCUUAAUAAGGCAGGUUGUGUCCUUGGCCAGGAUAGGGCGAGAAAACAAUAAUAACACCAGACAAACAAGCAGUCUCAAAACCAUGAUGGCACAGGGAAGGGGUUUGAAUGCAAACGUGAAUUCUAGCUUGUUUUCUGUACUAGACUCUCAUAAUCUGCUUGCCAAGGACCAUCGCUUGCUUGUGGCACACUGUAGUUAAGGGGAGAAGUUGUUACGUCACAUUGCCGUGGUAGCAAAAUUUCUGAAUGACAACAAACCGAACAUGUCACCUAAAAAGUGAAUUCGCACUGUUUCAAAAAUUCAUGGAUCUUAUACAAUUUUAAUUUGUGCAGAUGUUUGCAUAAUUUUCUGGGGUUGAACCUGAAAGGACCAUAUCAAAGUUAAGAAAAAGGAAGAGGAAGUUUAUAUGUUGUGUUUUUAUGUUUUGUGGUGAAAUUGGCAAUCAUGCUACAACGGCUAAGAAAUGUACAAAAAAGCAGGAUGCACAUGAAAAGUUUUUGUUUUGCUAAUAUAAACCUAUUGCUCUUUUGCCAUUCUCGUUGCUGUCGCUGUCAAAGUUGCUUAAGCUCCAUAUUGUUGUGAUCCUAAAAUUUUGCUACCAUGGUAGUGUGAUGACACACCUCUCCUCUCUAUUACUUAAAGUAUUACAUAAUGACUUGCCUGGAACCUUUCCCAUUGGGAAAGUGAACUUGAGAAGCUACUUGUCCUUCAAGAAAAAAAAAUUGAGCUGUCACUGGGGUAUGGGUUUGCAGUGAAUAGAUUGUCACCUAAGUGUUUUUCUUUAGGCCCGUCGUAAAAAGCAAGAAGUACCCCAUAUAAGAUACAUUAGCAAUCGAAGUGGAUUCGCUCUGUCCUUCUCACAGGGACUUGAUUUCCCAUUACAAAUGCAGUCAUCUCGAGGGUAGGCUUAUGAUUUCUUUUAUAAAAAGAUAAAUAAUGAUCUAGAGGUAGCACGUCCACAUAGUGGUUCUUUGUCUACCUGACUCCUGGUCAAAUUGAAAUUUCGUUCAGGAAACGUUGGUUUUUGAGGAGAGGGGAAAACCAGAGUACCGGGAGAAAAACCUCCGGAGCAAAGGAGAGAACCAACAUGAAACUCAACCCACAUAUGGCAUUGAUACUGGGAUUUGAACCCCGGCCACAUUGGUGGGAGGUGAGGGCUCUCACCACUGCGCCAUCCCUUGCUCCUCUCUUUUGAAGAACAGAUAGCCCAGGAUGCACUAAAAUUGACCCUAUUGUUUUAAAUCUUUAACUGGAUUCAUAGUGUUGAAAAAAUUAAUUUAAAUUAAUUAAAUUAAUUUUACUUGAGUAGUUAUUUUCCUGAAAUCUACUUAAAGGUUAUGUUACACUAAGGUAAAAUCACAGUGAACUUGGACCUUUUCUGCCACUGUUAGUGUUUUAAUUGAGACUGCUUUCAGUUUCCUAUCUUGACCGUUGUACUGGCAUGCGUGAGUUUGCACGCAUUACCAUCUAUUUUUUUUCACCUGGUUACCAAAAAGAAUGCUAAGUAUGUCUGUUUUUCUAUGCACAUUAGAGAAUAAGAUAGGGGAACAAAAACAAGGCAUACAUGUAGGAGUCUAGAAGAGAGGAUAUUAAUUUUGUUGCUGGUCACCCAUCCAGUUCCUAACUCUACCCAACAGGGUUUGACUUAAGUGACCCUACUCCUUCCAAGAUUUGCAAGAUAUUUCUAGUAUAUUGCUUAAUAGUAGUAUAUUCUUUCUCGGUGCUUUACUAUGCUUCACAUGCUCCACUGCCAUUUGAAUAUUUUUUCUGUAAUUAUAGGCCAGUAAAAACAAGACCAACAUGUGCAGCUCAGGGAUGCAAGAAUUUAAAGAAAUAUGCUUGUUCUGGUAACAAUCUCCCAGUCUGCAGUAUGGAAUGUUACAACAAGGUUCGGUUUAUUCCUGUGCAGACAGCUGUUGUGUAAAGAGAAUCAAAUCUUGGUGGUUAAACGUCGGUUAAAUGCAUGAACAUGCAGAACUCUUGCAACAAGUGCAACAACUUUAUCACAGAAAAAAGAAAAAUAUUACUAAAAAGCUUUUCCCCACCAAACAAACAAUCCCAGAAACAAGACAAUACAUAACUCCAAGGUUAAUAUUGGUGGUUAAUCGUUCAAUAUGGAGAGGUUACAAUAAUAUUAGUUUUCAAUUUUGGAACCUCAUUUACUUCUAAAUGCUAGGAAUAGAUUACGUGAACAAAGUGGUUAUAAUAGCACGACACAUAUUUGUUGUUCUGUUUGUUUUUUUUCUGUUUUCAUUUUUUAUAAGGAAGUUGCCUAUCUACCUUGAAUGAUUAUUGUAAAUUCUUUCCUAAUGUUAAAAAAUUAAGUUUAUUUAAAGCAUCUUCCUUAAAAAGCAGUUUUCAGACACUUGUGUAGCUGUAUAUAAUUAACAAAUUGUUUUGCCCCUAUUGAAAUGCAUUGCUUGUAGCAAAAGAAGGAACCAGACAUGGAGUUAUGGUUCAUUAAUUUCUGUUUUGAUUGAGAGGAAUGAUUGUAAGACAACGGUUUAAUUCGUUGAUAUUAUAAAAACUGUACCAUACUUUUCUCUUUAGUCUGAGUCGUUUUGUGAUCAACAAUAGUAUUAAAGUAAUAGUCUUUCUUUCUAACUCAAGAAUCCUUGUCAUACUACAAUGCAAAAUAAUAAUCCUGAAAACAAGUCAAACAAUUUCUUAUUUUGUCAGACAAGAAUAAUUAUUAGUCCUCGUCAAUUGUUUAAGGAUUAUAUUAUUUUAGUUGCUUUAUUAUUUAGCAAUGUGCAAACCGACUGUAAAUAAGUUACUUGUUUAUCUGAAAAAGUUAAUCAUUUUUUUCUUUAAUGCAAGAGUGUAUAUUUCUGUUAUUGAACUUUUAAACUUGGUUUUUUAACUAACAGGCUAUGUUCACAAUACUAUGCCUGAGCGUUAGUGCCUGGAAACAGCCAGAGUACAUAUUUGCUCUGUUUUACCCAGUCAGAUGUCAUUUGGAAACAUUAGUGUCAUAUGGAUUUAUGAGCGUCCAAAGCAGGGCAUUGCCUCAGAACCUAAGAAAAUGUUUCCAAUAAUGAUUCAAUGCCCACUCAAGUGCCUAAGAACAAGGUCUAUUUUAAAUCAUGACUUCUUGAACGAACACACACAGCCUGAAUCAGAAGGGAUAAAGCCAAUUGAUAAGACUGCGAGACACAAGCAAAGCCA